CUUUAAAAAUUUUUAUUGACAUUUAGGACUGAACCUGUGACCUAAGCUCUUCUCUUCAACGCCGCCUUCAACUUUCGCCGGAGAUAUGGAUUCAGUGGAAGCGGUGGAGAAGAUCCUGAACUACAGUUUCAAGAACAAGACUCUUCUCAAGGAAGCGGUAACGCUAACAUCAAGUAGUGUGGAAUCAUCUCGUCUAUUCAAGCGGCUUGAGUUCCUCGGCGACGCUGUACUUGAGGUCGCCUUGGCUAAUUACAUCCACCACGCAUACCCUAAUCUCAAACUCCAGGAGUUGUGUGACUUGCGAACUGCUAAUGUAAGUAACGAGAAGUUCGCUCGUGCCACCGUCAAACACAAUCUCUACCAAUUCAUCAUAGGCGACAAGCUUUCUUCUCCAUCUGAAAGGAUUAAAGAGUUCUCGGAGGCGGUGAGCAAAGAAGAUGGUCCAGUUCCUUAUGGUGGAUUGGUGAAAGCUCCAAAAGUUCUUGGUGACAUUGUAGAGUCAAUAGCUGGAGCUGUUUAUAUUGAUGUGGAUUUUGAUGUACAAAGAUUCUGGGAGAUCUUCAGGGGUCUUUUGGAGCCAAUAUAUACACUUGAUGAUUUACGGAUGCAACCUAAACCACCAUUUCUUACGCUUUUUCGUUUGGCUGAUAAACACAGCAAGCGAAUUGACUUCAGGUAUUCGAAAGAUGAUCACAGUAAAGAAAAUAUUGCUGAGGUAUAUCUUGAUGAUAUAUUUAUUGCUUCCGGGUGUGCUAAAAGUUUGAGUGUCGCAAAGGUGCUUGCUGCUGAGGAAGCGGUACAGAAGCUAUCAGAAUAUGAUGUUGAAAUUGAAAAUGUGAAACGGAAGUUGAUUGAGAUUUGCUCCACUGAAAAACUCCAGUCAUUUUCUUUGCCUACUGCCUCUGAGAACCCUGUAACCGAUGGAAUGACGCAAGAACAAAUGGUUAUUGAUGAGGAUUGUCCACAUGUUGAACUUGAAGAUGCGAAACGGAAGUUAAUUGAUAUUUGUUCCAUUGAAAAGCUCCGCUUACCGACUGAAUCAUUUUCUUUGCCUGCCGCCUAUGAGAAUCCUUUAACCGAUGAGAUCAAACAAGUACCUGGAUACCCGAAAGGGAAGUUACAUAAGAUUUGCGUCAAGAAUAAGUGGCCAUUCCCGAUUUACAGUGUUGAGGAAGAAAGAGGGCCAAAAAAUGAGCAGAAAUUUGUUUGUUCAGUUAAGAUUAUGAUACCAAAGAUAGAAGGUUCCUUUCACAUGAAAGGAGAUGCAAAACCAAAGAAAAAGGAAGCAGAAAACUCCUCAGCCUACCACAUGAUAAGAGCCUUGGAAUCUUCUCUAAUGAGUCUUGUCAUAAGUAAUCCGCAAAUGCCGAAAGUUUUAGAUGAGAAGAAGAAUCCAUCUCUCGUCAGCUCAGAAAUGGAUUCUGAUUCAGUGAAAGCAGUGGAGAAGAUCUUGAAUUACGUUUUCACGAACAAGAAUCUUCUGAAAGAAGCGCUAAGGCAAACCUCUUCUCUAUUCCAGAGGCUUAGGUUCGUUGGCCGGGCAGCUCUAGUUCUCGCCAUCACGAAUCACAUCUACCUCAGGUAUCCUAAUUUCGAACCCAGGGAGUUGGAACUGCUGCAACGUGGAAAUACAUGUAACAAAACUUUGGCUCGCGUUGCCGUGAAACACAAUAUUCACCAAUUCUUUAUAGGCCAAUUCAAGUCGGAGAAAAAGAUUGAAGCGUUCUCAGAGGUGGUGGGCAAAGAGGAUGACCCAGUUCCUUCGUAUGGCAAAUCGGAGAGAGCCACAAUUGUACUCUCUGAGCUUGUAGAGUCUGUAGCUGGAGCUGUUUAUAUUGAUAUGAAUUUUGAUGUUAAAAGACUGUGGGAGAACGCAUUUGCGAAUCCGUCAUUUUACAAUCUAAUGGUAGAGAAAAUGCUUAUAUGUUUUUACUCUAAGAUUGAGACUCCAACUGAAGAAGGUACUUUAUACGUUAAGGGAGAUAGAAGAAAACUGAGAAAGACAGCAGAAACUCCUCAGCCUCCCACUUGUUAAGAGCCUUGGAAUUUUCUCUUAAGGAUAAUUUGUAAUGUUAGAUAUGUGUUUUUGAGCCACCAUUAGCUUAUAGAUAACAUUAUUUGUCGCUGUUUUGAAUCAUUCAAAAAAUAUAUCUUAUUUAUCGUC